GAGCACCAGCCAGCCAUGGCCACAGCUGAGACUGCCUUGCCCUCCAUCAGCACGCUGACGACCCUGGGCCCCUUCCCGGACACCCAGGAGGACUUCCUUAAGUGGUGGCGUUCCGAGGAGGCACAGGACAUGGGUCCAGGUCCCCCCGACCACAUGGGGCCACACCUUUACGUGGGCAUGGAGUCAGAAGACCAGCCUAGGGAGAAUGAGGACAAUGAGAAGGACGCGGCCGCCGACUGGGACCUGAAUCUUUUGCUCACCAACUUUCCGGGCCCAGAGCCGGGCGGUGAGCCCCGGACCUGUGCUCUGACGUCCAGUGACGGCCCCGGGGCGCAAUUCCCACCGCCGCCUGAGACUCUGGGCCCGUAUGCCGGCGGCUCGGAGUUUUCGGCUGGGCUCUUGGGCUCCGAGGAGCAGGCAGUCUGGGUUCGCCCUGCCCAGGGGGCGACAGCUCCCAACCCCUUAGUGGCACCAGCCCUGGCCCCAGCCCCCGAGCCCAAGGCACUGCAGCUGCAGCCAGUGUACCCAGGGUCAGGUGCGGGCUCCUCGGGUAGCUACUUCACGCGGACCGGGUUUUCAGUGCCCGCGGCUCCGGGCGCCCCCUACGGGCUGCUAUCGGGGUAUCCCGCGCUGUACCCAGCGCCGCAGUAUCAAGGGCACUUCCAGUUCUUCCCUGGUCUCCCGGCGCCUUCGCCUGCCCCCGUCGCGACCCCAUCCUAUCUGAAUUGCCUGGGACCCGGGACGGUGGGCACGGGACUCGGGGGCUCCGCAGGAGACUCAGGAGUAACUACAGACGUCGCUCCAUCAAAGCGCGGUCGGCGACCGUGGACGCACAAGAGGCAGGCUGCGCACACUUGCGCGCACCCGGGGUGCGGCAAGAGCUACACCAAGAGCUCCCACCUGAAGGCGCAUCUGCGCACGCACACGGGAGAGAAGCCAUAUGCCUGCUCGUGGGAUGGCUGCGGCUGGAAGUUUGCACGCUCUGAUGAGCUGACCCGUCACUUCCGGAAACACACAGGACUUCGUCCCUUCAGCUGCCAGUUCUGCCCGCGUGCUUUUUCACGCUCCGACCACCUAGCCUUGCACAUGAAGCGCCACCUUUAA